AAGGUUGAUUUCACCACAAGCCUCUGCCAAUAAGUUGCUCAUACUGUCACACACCUUUUGCAAAUUUGCAAGAAGCUAGCUAGGUAGCCAAGUCUUGGGAGAGCUGGCCAUGGCCAUGGAGAAAGGGAGGAAGACGGGGCUGAUCAUGAAGACACUGGACCGGUGCCGGAGCGUGCGGAGGAAGGCCGCGCCGGAGGGGUGCUUCACGGUGUGCGUCGGCGCGGGGCGGCAGCGGUUCGUGGUCCGGACGGAAUGCGUGAACCACCCGCUGUUCCGGGCGCUGCUGGAGGAGGCCGAGGAGGAGUUCGGGUACGCGGCCGCGGGCCCGCUCGCGCUGCCGUGCGACGCCCACGCUUUCGUGCAGGUGCUGGAGCAGAUCGAAGAGGAGAAGGCGGCGGCGGCGGCGGCCGUUGCGAGGUGCGGUCUCGUCAGGGGGCACUCCGCGUACCGGCUGCUCGAUCCCGGCCGGCCGCUCCUCCUCGGCCGGUCGUAGCGCUUGGACGGCGACGCCGGCGUGCUCUUGCCAAUCUGCACCCGAGCUUCCUCUGUGUCUGUAUUGCAUCCUAAUAUAAAUCGUGAGCAAAUCGUGUAGAUGCCAACCGCCAAUAACGGUUAGUGCGUCCUAGUAGUUGAUGAGUUCUUGAGCUCGAGUUUUUGUCGAGCAAAUUCUAAAUCUGAAACGGUAAAACUAUUUGAGUGGUGAAAAUCCAACCUAGACUAUUUGAAUGGAAAAUUUUGCUGCGUUUCUGAUAUAAGCGAUUCAUACAAAUGGAAUUUCUCUAAAGAGCAUUCUGGAACUUGAGUUUGUAGCCAAAAAAAGAGGAUAGUUCAAGAGAAAAACUAUAGCAUCCACAUAUACCUGCUGGUCUGGUCCUAACAGACCACUGACACAUCCUUCUUUGGAG